AUGACAAGAACUAUUGGAGUUCCCAUGACAACCAUUGAAGCCAGGCUUGAAUCUGUGCCAGAGAUGGGAUAUGAUGCCCUCUCCAAUGUACCCCGUGGAGAAAUUUGUUUGAGAGGAAAUACCUUGUUCUUCGGUUACCACAAGCGUGAAGAUCUUACCAAAGAAGUUAUGGUUGAUGGCUGGUUUCAUACAGGUGACAUUGGAGAAUGGCAAUCAAAUAGGGCCAUGAAAAUUAUUGAUCGGAAGAAGAAUCUCUUUAAAUUGUCUCAAGGAGAAUAUAUUGUUGUGGAGAAUAUUGAAAACAAGUAUUUGCAAUGCCCUCUUAUAGCAUCGAUUUGGGUGUAUGGAAACAACUUUGAGUCAUUCUUAGUGGCUGUUGUGGUCCCUGAAAGAAAAGCCAUUGAGGAUUGGGCAAAAGAGCACAAUUUGACUGAUGAUUUUAAAUCUUUAUGUAAUAAUCUUAAAGCAAGAAAACACAUUUUGGAUGAGCUCAACAACACUGGUCAGAAACACCAACUUAGAGGAUUUGAGUUGCUAAAAGCCAUUCAUCUGGAACCAAAUCCCUUCGACAUAGAAAAAGAUUUAAUAACUCCAACAUUCAAAUUGAAGAGACCACAAUUGCUCAAGUACUACAAGGAUCAUAUUGAUCAACUAUACAAGGAAGCAAAGGGAGCAAUGGUGUAAACCAUGCAGCAAGUGGCCAUGCUGUGUGCAACAAUUUUAAGAUUUCUGCUAGUUAUGAAGAAAAAUCCAUUUGGCAUUCUGUUUAUUUUGGUUCAUUAUUGUAUUGACUGAAGUGCAAAACCAUAAACAUAGAUAGAAUAGGCUGUAUGCUG